AUCCUUCCUAUAGUUUCUAUACGCUGUCCAUCUAUUUACUCUUUGUUGAUAUUAGUAUCCACACGACAUAUGUACCUCUGCCAUUACUCAAACCACCUUGAUUGCUUAUAGAAAAUCCAGUCUACCCGGAUGGGUACUUGAUCGCCUACAGUACUCUCGACCUCUUCGUGUUUGCUUCAACAUGCGAAACAAAACAUCUGAGUGACAAAAGAUUGACGGCUCCUGCAACACAACUACCUCCUAAUGCUAUGCCUAAGGGUGUUAUCCUUGCCAGACCUGCAUCUGUUGGCGAGUUACGGCGGAACAUCGUCCUGCAGCCGCACACGGAACACCUGCAAUAUGAAGGAGGGGAAGCUCUUUCUUUUGCAGGUGUUCUCUUGGAAGCUGCUGCCGUUUUUUCCUAUACCAUUCACUUUUGAGUUAAUAGGAUCCAACUCUUAUCCUUUGCUUUACUUGCUCUGUCCCUGGUGCAAAAGACCUUUGGGAUGCUUUCAUCUCAUCAUCUAUUUCAUGUUCUUGUCAUUGAAAGGCAGAUUUCUGGGUCAUACGGACUCCCUGCACGGUACCGCCAGUGACAACUUGGAUCUGGAUGUUGUUCGGGUACGUUCCCCAGCUUAGACUUAGUACUCACUUUGCCGCUGCUCGGGCGUGCACGACGCAUGCGACACAUCGGAGAAUUUCUGCAAUCUGACAUCAAGGGCGAUCAAAUACUGGUGAUAUGCCGUUGAAGGCGUCUCCAUCUAUACAUUCACACUUUAUGCCUACGAGCGCGACGGUCAAUAGUCAUCAUGGCUGUUCCGACAAACAGGAAGGCGAUCCUUCUCGCUAUAUUCAUUGCGUUCGGUUUCCUGUUUGGUUAUGACAUUGGUGUCAUUUCGGGAUGUCUCAUUAUGGACGACUUCGUCGCAAGGUUCGGUAAAAUAGGAAGUGAUGGCAAACCUUUCCUCUCAAGCUCAAGACAGUCCAUCAUCACUUCCUUGCUUUCAGCUGGCACUUUCGUUGGUGCUCUUGGCCAAGCCUUCACCUCUGAUCGAUUCGGUCGCAAGGGUUCGAUCUUGAUCUGGUCUGGGAUCUUCACCAUUGGAACUGCCAUCCAAACCGGAACCACUUUCUCCAUCGUACAAAUCACAAUAGGACGGUUCAUUGCUGGAUUGGGCGUUGGAGCACUAUCAGCUAUUGUGCCUUUGUAUAAUGGAGAAACUUCUCCGAAGGCCUUGCGUGGAAUGCUCCUGGUACUGUAUCAGCUUCAGAUCAUUAUAGGUAUCUUCAUAAGUUACAUCAUUGACCUCGGUACACAUUCCAUCGCCAACUCUGCAUCAUGGCGUAUACCAGUUGGGCUUCAAAUGCUCUGGGGUCUCAUCCUCCUCUCUGGCAUCUUCUUCCUUCCCGAAUCGCCCCGACAUCUCCUGGGCCAAGGAAAAGAAGCUGAAGCACGUACUGUCAUAGCACAACUCAAUAGCGUGCCAGAAGAUGACCUACUCGUUGUUGAGACUAUCGAAGAGCUCGAGUAUGCUAUCCGCGCUGAGAACGAAGGAGGAAAGGCGACUUGGAUCGAAUGUUUUUCGACGAGGAACAUGUUGUGGAAGCGCACCCUUAAUGGGAUGAUGUUACAAUUUAUCCAGCAGUUAAAUGGGCAGAACUUCUAUUACUACUACGGUGAUACAUUCUUCCAGAGUGCAGGAACUGAACUCUCGCCAUUCGUCAUUCAGACGAUUCUCGGUGCUGUCUCCGUUGUAGGAACAGUCCCAGCCCUAUAUCUCAUAGAGACUUGGGGUCGCCGUAACUCUCUUUUAACUGGCUCCAUCCUUGAAGCCAUCUGCUCCCUCAUCGCGGGCCUUGUUGGACAUUUUACCCUCGCUCCACCAAAUACCCCUCAAGAUCAACUCACAGUUCGGAACCGACAAGGAGGGGAUACCUUGAUUGCGUUUGCUGUGUUGCAUUUGUUUUCAUACUCGAUGUUUUGGGGCCCAACACCUUGGGUCUAUCUUGGAGAGAGUUUCCCGCUGCGAGUUAGGCCCAAAGCCAUUGCGCUAGGGAGUGCUACAAAUUGGAUUUGGAACUUCCUGCUUUCAUUCUUCGCACCUCGCAUUGCAGCACGCAUCGGACCUCUGAUCCUACUCAUCUUCUUUGGCAUGCUUGUAUUCGGAUACGUCUACGUCUAUCUCUUUAUUCCCGAAACCAAGGGUCUUAGUUUGGAAGAGGUCGAUGAGAUGUACCGAUCAGGCGUCAAACCAUGGAAUUCCGCCGGCUGGCGUCCAGCUCAGAAACAUGUACAUGACCACCAUAGCGAGGCAGAACUCAAAGAGCCGCUGCCUAUGGAAGUUAGAGAUGUCAAGGAGAAGGGCGAGGAAACUGCGUGAGGUGUUUUGUAACGAAUCCCUAAUUAUGUCUCUUGCCUAGUCCUUCGUGGUGAUGCAUUGUAUUCUAACAUCAUGUUUGUGUGACUACUUGGUACAAAUACACAAAAGCCUUCCAAGAGACAAGAGUCAAAGAUUCUUUGGGCUGAUUGAUCAGGAC